GUCAGAUUUUCUACAGUUUCACUGCGUCUCUAAUCCAAUUCUCAACAUAAUCCCAAAAAGCUCUAUACUCUGUGGGUCUGCCCUACUGAAUGACUCCUUACCCUUCUCUUCUUACCCAGCCUUCUCAGGUAUGUUUUCCACUGUCGAACAAGUCUGGUGGUCCAAAGGGCUCUAAAAGUAUGGCACAGCUCCAAGGGAGUCAGGAUGUGCCAGACCAGACCAAGCACACUGGCAUCCUGUUAGAAGACUGACUAAUUGACAAGACAUUCUGUACAGACCAAUAGAUACACCAGCAGUGAGACGUAUAGACCGGUAACUUGAUAGACUGAUAGAGACAGGUAGAUGGACAGAUCCAGAGACAGACUUAGACUCACUGACAGAUUGUCGGAAAUACUAAUUGGCACACAGACACAGUCUGAAGAGAGACAGACAGACAAGUACCCGAUAGGUAAAGGCAGACCAAUAAGAAGACCCAGACAGAUUGAAGGUAGAUAGAUACCCAGAGACCAGCAGAGGGAUAGGCAAUCAGACAGCUCGACAAAUAGCCAGGCAGGCUGACAGUUGAGAGACUGUAAACUUGAUGCUUGCAAGUUAAUGAAGCAACUAUUUCAAAUAUAUUCAAAUCAUGUUUUUUCCUUUAUUCUUUUUCAUUAAUUUGAUUGGCAGACCACAAAGAGCGGAUGGGAGGGAGGGUUUGUGGUUGCUAUGGCAAUGGCCUGCUCUUUGUUAAAAGGAUACAUUCCUGGCAUCUGAUCUGUGUCACGAUCGAUAUAACACAGCCUGCGGGGAAUGGAAAAUGGAGAGUAUGGGGCUUCUCCCAGGCAAUGACGACGAGAGAGAGAAAGAGAAAAAAGGAGUGAGGAAGGGGUGUGAAAAAUUAGGACCAGAAGAUGAGAGAACAGUAGAGAAGCAGCAGCAGAUAUAUAGGGUGGAAAAGGGAGAAGGAUGGGAGGGAAGACACCAGAGUGCAGCUGUUCAGAGUCGGGAGCUAUACAGUGAUGGUGGUCUGCAAGGAUACGAAGCUGUGUCGUAACAGAGGGCAGCGUGGGUAAAAGUUAUGCGGCGCUUCGCCCUGUACCACUGCCACCCUUUUCUGGGUGGGGCUCUGCUGCUACUGCUGGCUAGCUGCGCCAUGGGCUGCCCCGCCCGCUGCGAUUGCUCCGCCCAGACCAAGUCAGUCAGCUGCCAUCGCAAGCGCCUGCCUACCAUCCCUGAGGGCAUCCCCAUCGAGACCCGGCUUCUGGACCUGAGCAAGAACAAGCUGCGGAGCAUCACCCCAGACAACUUCUCCUCCUUCCUACAACUGGAGGAUCUAGACCUCAGCGAUAACCUGAUUGGCGUGGUCGAACCGGGCUCCUUCAAAUUUCAGCUCUCCCUGCGCUCGCUGAACUUCCACAGCAACCUCCUCCAGCUGGUCCCUGCCGGCGUGCUCUCCGGCCUGGCCAACCUCACAAGUCUGGACCUCAGCCACAACAGGCUGGUGGUGCUGCUGGACCAUGGCUUCCAGGACCUUCGGAGGCUGGUGUCCCUGGAGGUAGGCGACAAUGAGCUGGUGUUCAUCUCCCAGAGGGCCUUCACGGGCCUGCUAGGCCUACAGAGCCUCACCCUGGAGCGCUGCAACCUGACUGUGGUGCCCACCGAUGCCCUGGGGCACCUGCACAGCCUGGUGGAGCUCCGCCUGCGCCACUUGGGCAUCGGCACCCUGAAGCCCUAUUCCUUCAAGAGACUUCCCCGUCUUCGCCACCUGGAGAUCGACUACUGGCCCUGGUUGGAAGUCUUACCCGCUCUGUCACUACAUAGCCUCAACCUCACUACACUCUCUGUCACCAAUACCAACUUGUCGUCCUUCCCCGGCCAUGCUCUACGCAACCUGCCCUACCUCACGCACCUCAACCUGUCCUUCUGCCACAUCCAGCACAUCCAGCAAGGGGUGCUAGACCAGCUUCCGCGACUGCAGGAGUUGCACCUGCGAGGAGCUCAACUGGUUUACAUUGAACCCCUGGCCUUCCUGGGCCUCCCAGCACUACAUAUGUUGGACGUGUCCCACAACCAGCUGGACUCAGUGGAGCGAGCUGUGUUCAAGUCCCCUGACAGCCUGCAGACGCUGCUCAUGGGGGGGAACCCACUGGUGUGCGACUGCCGGCUCCUAUGGCUGCUGAGUGGCCGGAAGCCACCCUUUCUGCAGCUCCCUGACCCACAGCCCGAGUGCAGUGCCCCUGAGCGCCUCCGUGGGAAACCCCUGCUGGACCUCAAGGAGCCGCUGGUGACACGGUAUGUGAUCUGCACCAAGCCCCGGAUUGGGCCCAACACCACCCAGCUGCUGCUGGCAGAUGAGGGGAAGCCUGUUCGGCUCAACUGCAUUGCAGACGGGGCUCCUCGGCCCUCCAUGGCCUGGGUGACGCCACACAGACAGUAUGUCACAGUGAAAAGCACCGGUAGAGUGACGGUCCAUACCGACGGCACCCUGGAGAUCAAGGCUGCAGAGCUGCACGAUAGCGGCGUGUACCUGUGUGUGGCCAGCAAUGCGGCGGGCAACGCCAGCCUGUCGGCCUCGCUGGCGGUGAAGAGCCUGGGUAUCAGCGACACAUCGCUCUACGCCAACAAGAUUGGACUCCUGGCGGACUCCAACGGGACCUGGGCCAACGGGACCGUCCUGUACAAUAUGACAAACCCCAUAGACCUGAAGACCAUCAUCAUCUCCACAGCAAUGGGCUGCCUGUCCUUCCUGGGCGUGGUCAUAUUCUGUUUCCUCCUCCUGUUUGCAUGGAGUCGUGGGAAGGGAAGGCACAAGAGCAACUUUGACAUGGAGUACGUUCCCCGCAAAUCGAACGGGACAGCAGCGGAGGCAACUGAGACAAGCGGGCCCAGACGAGUCAACAUGAAAAUGAUUUAAUUUAACAAACGGACCAACUCAUAUGAUAGUAACAAACAAAAUACAGUGCAUCUCAUUUGCAAAUAUUUAUUUGAUACAGUGGAGUCGUGAAAAUGGUUGUGAUGUACCGAUGUAGUGGUGUUGAUAUGAAGAUGAUCUAGUGAUUCAGUGGACAUGUUGAUAUAAAAGUUAUCAAUGAUACUGUGGACGUGUUUAUAUAAAAUGAUGUAAUCAUACAAUACACUGGAUAUAAUACUAUAUAAUCCACAUAUCAAUUUGACAGUGAUGCAGUGAUACACCGCUGGGCAUUCGCUAGUUGGUGAUGUAAUGACUAAUGAUGUUGUAGACUCGCGUGACACCAAGGUGAGAAAGGAAGUCUCUUGGAAUAACGGGAGAAGUUGAGAUGACAGUGGAGCUAUCAUAGCUAUCAUUGCUAGUAAAUUGUGUCUAAUACCCAUCUGAGCUGCAGGUGUGAGUGUGCGCGUAUUUGUACUGCCUUUGUUGUGUGACAGGGUAAUCAUCAAGAAUAAUAGGGUCCAAAGUUGUUUGACCUGCCUUUGUAUUUGUUAAUUCAUUGUAACAACAGUAUUGUCACUGUUCAGUAAAAUAACGUAUGUUUGUAUGCACAUGCAAAUCCCUCCAAACAUUAUCCAAGAGACCUGUUGCAUAUAUUUUCAACUAGGUCAUUGUUUCCCUUUGUACCACCUCAAGAUAGGUAUAGAGGGAUUUUAGCAAAUCAACCUUCAACUCAAGGAACAUUUAUACACACGAUAUUUACAACUUUAAGUGGGAGCUCAAAUCACUAGAAAAACACAAGACAACUUCUUGCUGAAGAAAUAGUAGCAGCUGAAAAUGUUGGUUAUUGCUUGGAAAAAGACCACAGGUGAUAAAAUUUGUAUGUUAAAUCCCCUUUUAUUACCUUAUAAAUCAAUGGCAGAUUUUCCUGUCAGCAAAUUCUCCUGAUGUAACAUAAAAAAUGGUCAGUGACUAGACUAGACACAAUAGUAAAGAUUUACUGACCAAUGUCCCCCUUGGAACAGGACAAAUCUCAGCCCCGUUGAGUUAUGGGUUGUAUUGUAUCCCCUCUUAAUUUCUUUAUCCCAAUGCUUCAAGCUGGCAUGUCCUGAGGCCUCCCAUGGGCUAAAGGGGGUUUCUGGGUAUUUAAUUGAUGACAUUGGAAAGUUGUGGCGUUUUUGUUUAAAUGUUUAAACUGUAAAAAAUAAUAUAUAUAUAUUAAAGGAUGUAUUAAGGGCAACUCUUUGUAAAUGCAGGGAUGUGUGUCAACAUGUGUAAUAUAAUGUUAAAGGUUGUAUAAAUGUUUUCAUAUGAUAAAUUUAUGGGUAUAUUUUCAACGGAAAUAAAUCGUAAUCAUACA